UUUCUUAAUCCCAUCAUGAACAUUAGAAAAAACCAAUAUAUAUUGAGAUGCAAUAAAUCGUUGGAAACCCAUAGAGUUUACUAUAAAAGGAGCACAAGCCAAACAACUACUCCCUACAAAUCAACCACUCAAAAUAUCUUCCUAUAGUUUUUCCUCCCCCACAUUACAAAAUUAGAAAUGCAAUCGGAAACCAAUACCGUAGGAGCUUGUGCCGAGAAGAAGCUCAGGCUUUUCGGGUUUGAGCUGAAUCCAAAUAGGAAUGAAGAAACCUCCAUGAAAGGAGGACGGUCAGCAGCAGAAGGUGGUGGGGAUGAAAGUGUAAAUUCAUCAAACUCUGUCUCACAUCCGAUAAAAUUGGAACGAUACAGAGAGAAUGAGAAGAGCUCGACCAGUGAACCAGAUGACAAGAAAUUCGAGUGCCAAUAUUGCUUCAAGGAGUUUGCAAAUUCGCAAGCACUAGGUGGGCAUCAAAAUGCACACAAAAAGGAGAGAAUGAAGAAAAAAAGGCUCCAGCUUCAAGCCAGAAAAGCCAGCAUCAACUAUUACCUCCAGCCUUUCCAAACUUUCCACCACCAUGGUUCUACGGUGGCUCCAUCGUGGUUCUACGACCCCUCAUCGUAUCUCAAUCCUGACCAUCCAUUCACCCUCCACGAAGAAUCCCAGAUCAGCUUCAACUCGUUCGAUCAAAGUUAUGGGCCCUCGAGCGGGUCCCACUCUCAGGUUUCCAAUUGGUAUUCAGUGCCACCUCAGCAGCAGUUUCCUUCUUCCCAAACGGGAGAGCAAGAUCAUGUUAUAAACCCUAAUAAGUUUACGUUAACGCAAACGGACAGGUCGGGAGAAAGCAGGCCUAUCGUCUUCACGCCUUCUCCUUUAUCUGCUUCAACUCAACAGAGCUGUAAACCGUUGGAUCUUCAGUUAGGGCUCGGUGUGCCGUCGAAAAUUCAGAGAUCUUCUAGGAGUGAGGCUUAGCAUGGUUCUUCUUCUUCAUUACAAAAGCUGCCAUUUGUUCUCAAGUAGUUUGAGAUUUUUUAUUUUUCAUCUUCCAAAGUGAAACAAAAAUAUAUGAACUGCAUUAUAUAUAUAUAACAGAUCCAAUUUGCUGCAAAUAAAGCCAUGCAGGAUUUUCAGGUCCUUAAUUUGCUGACAAGUGUUUGUAUUGUAUUAGCAUUUUUUGUGUGGACAACUGUAUAUUAAACUUUCUGUUCUAAAGUUCUAAUGUUAAAGGAAUUUUCUUACCUUUAUAA